CUAAUCCACGAGCGUCGGUUCGCUGCAAAAGCCCACCCGGAGUUUCAUCCCGCAAGAUAAACCCAGGGAAUGUCUUUCCUAAUACAAAACCCUCGCCUCAUCCUCCCUGCUCAUCGCCUCCCUCUUUCCUUAUCACCGUUGAGAAACCCACGCCAACUACUACAUGGCGCGACCAUCCCCUCAGCCACCCUCUCCUCUCCUCACAGCAAUCUCAGCUCCUCAGAGAUCCUCUCUAUCCGAGAUUCUCUCCUCUCCGGACGGAGAACGGCCUCUGAAAUCGCUGGAGAAUACCUAGAGCGCCUCCAUAAGGUGGAGCCGAAAAUUCGGAGCUUUCUUUAUGUGUCAGAGUCUGCAAUGAAAGAGGCGGAAGCGGUGGACCGAAUGGUCGCAGCUGGGAGGCAGCUGUCCCCGCUGGCUGGUGUUCUCAUUGGUGUGAAAGAUAACAUCUGCACCUUUGAUAUGCCUUCUACGGGCGGAUCGAAGAUUCUGAAGGGUUAUAGGCCAGCGUUCGAUGCCACUGCGGUGAGGAGGCUUAGGGAGGCGGGAGCCAUUGUCGUGGGGAAAACGAAUUUGGAUGAGUUUGGAAUGGGGAGCAGCACUGAGUGUUCUGGAUUUCAGGUCACUGCAAAUCCUUGGGAUCUGUCACGUGUUCCCGGAGGGUCAUCAGGGGGAUCAGCUGCCGCUGUUUCCGCCAGGCAGUGUGUCGUAUCUUUGGGAAGUGACACUGGCGGUAGUGUUAGGCAGCCGGCAUCCUUCUGUGGCGUUGUUGGAAUGAAACCAACCUAUAGUCGAGUUUCUCGGUUUGGGCUCAUGGCUUAUGCAUCAUCAUUGGACGUCAUUGGCUGUUUUGGUUCUUCUGUUGCUGAUGUAUCGAUUCUUCUUAAUGUGAUUUCUGGUCACGACAGAUUGGAUUCUACCAGCAGCAAGCGAGAUGUGCCAGACUUUGCAAAUGAGUUGGCCUCACUAAAUAAUUUUGAUUCAAAACCUUUAAAGGGAUUAAGGGUUGGACUGAUUCGGGAAACUAUUGGAGAAGGAGUUGAUGCAGGAGUUUCUUCAGCAGUGCAAGCUGCCGCUUCACAUCUGGAGCAUUUAGGAUGUGUUGUAAAUGAGAUAUCAUUGCCUUCAUUUUCUCUUGGCCUGCCUGCUUACUACAUAUUGGCUUUAUCAGAGGCAUCUUCUAAUUUAUCACGUUAUGAUGGUGUAAGGUAUGGAAACCAGGUUGGAAAUGAAGAACUGAGUUCUCUUUAUGGUAGCUCUAGAUCAAUUGGUUUUGGUGAUGAGGUCAAAAUGAGAAUCCUAAUGGGAACAUACGCACUCUCCGCGGGCUAUUACGACGCAUACUAUAAAAAAGCGCAGCAGGUGAGAACAUUGAUUCAAAAGUGUUUCAAGGAUGCAAUGAAUGACAAUGACAUUCUCAUUUCACCUGCUGCUCCAUCAGCUGCUUAUAAGAUAGGUGAAAAGGCCAACAAUCCUCUAGCAAUGUAUGCUGGUGAUAUCAUGACUGUUAAUGUCAACUUGGCUGGGCUCCCGGCCCUUGUUGUGCCAUGCGGGUUUGUAGAAGGUGGACCAGUUGGUCUUCCUGUCGGACUUCAGAUAAUUGCUUCAGCCUUUUGUGAGGAUGCAUUGUUGAGGGUUGGCUAUAUCUUUGAGCAAACGCUUCAGAACCACAGAUUUGUUCCACCACUAUAUGGAUCAAGCUAGAGCUCCUUGAAAUCAAUGGUGCUUAUCCUUGCGCUCUUUGAAAUCAAUGGUUCUGUCCUUGGGUUCGAUGAAGGGAUUCAUUUGGAUGUUAAUCAUGUUGAGAAUUAAUACAUUUUACUAUUCUUGGCUAUUAUUUUCACUUUCAGUGUAUACUCAUCUUUGUAUUAUCAUGUAUAUUUUGUUUAAUGUCACAAUGGCUUUCCUUGGAGACUAAUUUAUCAAAGAAUAAAUAUUGAU